AUGGCUGACCUUCGGCUGCGGAGGCGCAGGGGGCUACUUCGGCGCGCGCAUUGCCGAGGUGAAAGGGCAGACCUUGAGCUACACCGCGCGCACCAAGACGCCUGCCGCGCUCAGGGAGCACGGUGCGCGGGUCACGCGCAUCCGCGGCGGCGUGCACGCACCGGCGUCGGAGUUUGGGGCCCACGCUGGACUCAGAGGCCGCAGAGCGCGGCGCCAGCCCCUGCGCGGAGGCCGCAGAGGGGCAAGGAGCCGCCGGCGGAGUACUCCCUCGCCGACCACAUCAAGCGUGGCGCGCUCUCGGCAGGCUGGGGGGGCCCAAAGGUCAUGAGGGAGGACGACCCAGACUUCCCAGAGGUGUACAAGAUGACGUCUCACAGCAAGCAGGCCUUCCCCCACCACAGCCCGGAUCGCGUGGCGCGGUUCCGCGGCGAGGCCGUGAAGUCUGUCCUCACUAUGCCGACCAAGCCCGUCUGA